UGGCGCGAGUCCGUAAGGGGUACCUGAUUUAUGUAGUUCAUUGUACAAAACUUCGUGUAUAUAUUAUUUCACGUGCAUAAAACGUUUCAUUGUUAAUAUUUCAUUUUAAGUACAUAAAAGUUAAACAAUCACAUAGCCAAGAUGUUCUGGGGGUUAAUAAUGGAACCAAAUAAACGAUAUACACAGACUGUUGAAAAAUCAUUCCACGUGUCAAUGGCGAGUUUAGAUCUUACAAUAAGCGAUGAUAAUUGGGUACAAGUAAUGUUGUGUUAUGAAGACAGAAGCUAUCUGUUAUGUAAUUUAAGAAAGAGCUCAGCAUGGCAGGUACCACUUGAUUUAAAUUUUCAAGAGGGAACUAAAAUAGCAUUUACAUGUAAUGGUGAUGGUCAUGUUCAUUUAACUGGUUAUUUAAUACCUGAUGAAGAUUUGGAUUUGGAUGAAUUGGAAGAAGAAGAAGAAGAUGAAGAAGCACCACAAUUGGUUGGCAAGCAAUCAAAGAGGAAAGCUACAGAUCCCUUAAAAAAUGAAAAAAAUGUUAAGCGCUGCAAACAGGAAAUCGAAACAGAAUCAUCAGAUGAGGAUAUAGAAUUAGAUGGUAUAAAUGAAGAGAAUGAUUCUGAAAAUUCUGAAGAAGAUGAAGAGUCAUUUUUAAAGGAAGAAGAAGAAGAAGAAGAUACUGAGGAAGAUGAGGAAGGUGAAGAAGAUGAAGAGGAUGAAGAAGAGAAAAUAGUAAAGUCUCAACAAAAGGAUAAAAAGAAUAAACAGCAACAACAAGAAAAGAAGAAAGAAGAUAAAAAAAAAUUAGUGAAUGGGAAAGAAGUAAAACAAGAGCAGCAAAAUAAACAACAGAAAAAAAGCAAAGAACAAAAUGAACAGAAUGUCCAAAGUGAUAAAAAAAAAAGAAUAGUAGAAGGUGGAGUGCAAAUAGAAGAAAUACAAAUUGGUAAUGGCUUUCUUGCAAAAAGUGGAAAAUUUGUGUCUGUGUAUUAUGUGGGUCGUUUGAAAAAUGGAAAAAAAUUUGAUGCAACAACGCAAGGAAAUGGUUUCAAAUUUAGACUUGGAAAAGGUGAAGUAAUCAAAGGAUGGGACAUUGGUAUUGCAGGAAUGAAGGUUGGAGGAAAACGACGCAUUACGAUACCUCCAGCUAUGGCAUAUGGAGCAAAAGGUUCACCACCAGUUAUUCCUGGUAACAGUACACUGAUAUUUGAAGUGGAACUUAGAGAUGUAAAAUAAUCUGGGUGAAUAUUUGAUUCUUA